AUGCACAACAACAAAAAUCACCAUUACCGGCGGAGGAGCCCGCCGGUAAUACAUGGUAUAUCCGCCGGUAUUUGUUAUUACCGGCGGAAAUCCGCCGGUAAAGUCCCGCCAUUAAUAAACGGUCGGUAUUAUCACCAUUACCGACCGUUUGACACUACCCGCCGGUAUUGCACUAUUACCGGCGGAUUAAUAGAGGCGGGCGUCCGCCGGUGUUGUGCAACGCUGACACCGUUUGACCGGAUUAUUACCGGCGGGUUCAUCAUGAGAACUCAUAUUUUUCCUUUCCUCAAUAUUUUACUUCCUCUUUCCUUCUCUUUCAUCCUCUCAACUUUCCAUCUCUCCCUAGUAGCUUCUUCUUCUUCAAAUCUCAUCCAAGGCACCUGCAAAAAGUGUUCCGACACCGACCCAAAUCUCAGUUACAACUUUUGCACAGUCUCCUUCGAGUCUUCUCCCGACGGUCGCCGGUGCGCCGAUCUCCGAGACUUGGGUCUCGUCUCGAUAAGAUUGACCAAAAACAACGUGACUUCUACUAGGCAUUUCAUAAAACACCUUCUCCACAAUGACAAUAAUAAGAAGAAAUUGGACCCUUAUGUGAAGGCUUGCUUGAGAGACUGUAUGGAGCUGUUUAAUGAUGCGGUGUUGACAAUCAAAGUGGCUGUGAAGGAUUACAAGGCGAAGCGAUACGAUGACGCGAAUAUAGGUUUGAGUUCGGUGAUUGACGCUUCAUCGACGUGUGAGGAUGGGUUUAAGGAGACCGAUGAAACCAAAAAGCACGUUGUUUCGCCUUUGUCGAAGAGAAUGGCAGGCCAGGGCCUCCAGGCGGAGGCGGAGGGCUGGGCAGGAGUGACGCCGGAGUGA